AAAGAUAGCUAAAAAUAAAUAAAUCCCUAUUUUGUACUAUGAACAGUAAAUAAAUCGAAAUAUAUAUUCUAAAUCCGGAACUACUGAAAGUGAUUGUUUUUCAAAGAUGGCGAACAUUGGUUCGCUUCUAACGUUCGCCCUUCUUUAUUUUAUAAAGCUAGGGCUAGGAGACAGCAGUAAAUUGUCAGAGGAAGAAUGUCGCGCCCUCGGAUUUACGCCAAACCUCCUGUGUAACUCUUGUAAGCUUCUCGAGGAGCACAACCUUGCAGCUCUCAAAGAUGACUGUGAAAGUUGUUGUAAAGCAGAUUCCUCGUCGGAUAAUGCAUUAAAGGUUUAUCCGUACGCAGAACUGCGUGUGUGCGGAUGAAAAUUGGGGAGGUACCCUCAGGUGCAGGCUUUCGUGAAGGGCGAACGGCCGCAGCAAUUCCCGGGUCUCGAAAUUAAAUAUGCUCGAGGCGCGGACCCUGAGAUCUACCUCCUUGACGAAGAUCGUCAAAUACAAGAAACGCUUGGGAUUGAGAAAUGGAAUACAGAUUCUAUUGAAGAUUUUUUUCAUCAGAGGUUGCAGAAAUAGUGUCAGUAAGGGGUGGGUGGGUAGGGAAAGUGGGAUUUGAAUUUUUAAAUUUGGGUGUAUGAAAGAAAGAGACACUUACAGAAUCCAGUUUGUAAUACUUGUGAGAAAGAAUGUUGAUAUUUUGUUGAUUUGUGCAUGGAAAAUCCUUGUAAUUGUUUAAUGUUCCUAAGAAAUUAUUAAUUCUUUUCAAAGGUCAAUCAAUUUGAUGUCGUUUUCCUUAAUUUUCAGAGUUUUAAAAACUUUCAAUGCAGACAUACCCGGUACAUGGUAUCUCAUCCUGUUUAAGGCAGCUAAGCACAAAUGUUUUUAUGAACCUAAUAAAAUUAGUAAUACACUUCUUGCACUGUACAUUUGAUAACAAAGUUAUAAAGUUGAAAGAAAAUUUCAAAAUAAAGCAAAAAAUAUAUUUAACACAGUUUGAAAAGUGUUUUUCGCUACGAAUUGCCAAGGAAAGGCUACAUGACUUGUAUUCACUAGUAACAAAUACAUUUAAAAAUAGAUCAUUUUGAACUUACAAGCAAGAAAUUGAAAAUCCCAUUACUUGUUUUAAGGGAUGGAAUUUCUAAUUUCAUUUUUGUAUUUUUCGUGAUAAGUCAUCUCAAAAAUUCUUCAGCAUUACUCUCUUGAGCAUCAUUAUAUAAUAUCAUUUAUCAAAAUUACUUACUGGUACUUAAAAUUGAAUUUAUAUUUAUAACACAAAGAUGUUUAUCUUAUUUAUAUCAAAUAUUAUUUCCUUUAAAAGCUUGAAAACUCAUCUAAAAGAUGAAUAGAACACAAUUUAUACCAAAUCCAUCAUAGUGUACUGAGCUUGAUUCUGUUAUAAAGGAUUUGUGUUUUUUUAAAUAAUGUUUUUCACAAUCUCGAACUGUAUGUCAUUUAAUCAAGGCAUUUUUUUCAUUUUUUUUUUUACAUCAUUCUCACAUUUCAUUAUUUUUUUAUGAUUAGGUGUCCAAUUUGCAUAAUUUUCUAAUCAAGUGUGCUUAUUUGUAUAUGUAUGAAUGGUGAAAAUUUACCAGUAAUUAACAAUGUCGUCAAAUAAUAUAUUAGACACUUCAAACUCACAAAUUGUUAUUUAUUCUAAAUAUAUUUUUCAUUUUGUUUGCUAGCAUCCUUAAAUCUUGUUCUUAAUGACAUUUUCCCUGAAAACCUUUAUGGCAGGGGAAUUUGGAUGGCGUGAGUAAGAUUUUAUGAUUCGAAAUGCAUUGAAGGUGGGAAAUAUAAUAUGAAUAGAAGACCUUUUUGAUGUGGAACUGUUUAAUGUAUUAUUAUUUUAAAAAAAAAAUAUGUAAAAAAAAAAAAAUCAAUAAAAAUGAUAAAUUUG